AUGGGCAUCUCAGAGACUCUCAAGGCCAUCCAGCCUCUGCGUGGAGAGGUGAUUCCCAUUCGCACAGUUCAAGAAACAAAUCCCCCAGAAGAAUUUGGUGACGCUUACGUCGCAGAAGUCAAUGUCAAAGCUGCGGCCAAAGUUAUCAAAGUCUUGGAUUAUAAAUACCCGCGCAACCCCUCUCUUCCUCUAUCGCAUCUGCGACGUUUCGCCAAACGAGAAAAUCUACCACCGAAAUUGCGCGCGAGAAUCGAAGCCAAUGGAUCGCAUGAAAAAGCAACAAUAAAAACGAUCUUCGUGGUUAUUGCACCAUUACCUGAUCCGGAGGAACUCCUAGAGCUGCUUGCACCCUUUGCGCCAAAUACGUACAAGACAGGCCCAUCCUCUCCCACUUCAGAUUCAUUCGCGCCUACAUCCCCACACCCCAAAAUCGAUCUCAUCACUGUCACUAUUCCUUUACAGCCUCCUUUCAAUUCCCAGCAAGCUGAAACAUGGACCAACACCAUGUGGCCAGUCACUUUCAACCCCGCUGCGCCUCGAGCCACCGUUGCGCCGCCCCUGCAAAUCCUCACUCGUGCACAUGAGUCUCUUAAACCACGCGCAGGUUACUAUGUUGCACUGGCACAGAAAGCCGCUGCAGAAGCGAAAAAGUCCGGCCGUGGUCGCGGCGUUGGAGCGGUCGUAGUUGACCCAGCAAUCGAAGCUGAGAUCGAAGAAGAUGCAGAGAAUUACGGUCACUCUAAUCUUGAUCGAUGGAUGGAUGCUGUUCUCUGCGUUAGCGAAGAUGUGCGGUUCGCCCGCUCGGAAGCUGGCAAUCCCUCUCAAACUGAUCUUCACCCAGGCGUAGCGCCAAAUCCUGCUUCCUCGGCCUUCAACGCCGAUGUGGAGGGUGGCCCGGAUCUCCAUGCGUUGAUGCGAGCUGUCGAGCUCAUCUCGCGGCGCCGCCGUGAAGAAACCGAGCAUCAAGCUGAAAUGGCGGCUCUGCCAAACCCAAUGGCUGUCAUACGUAAAGACCCCCAACUUUCUUUACAACUCAGCCCGAUGGAAUCAUAUUUCCUUUAUGAAGCCGAAGCUAGAGCCCCAUUGGCCGACGAGCCUUCACAUCAGUCUAACUCAAAUCAACCAGAGCCUUCUCCUUUCUCUCCAAAGAAGAGAAAGGCAGAGGAGCCAAAUCCUGAAUCUAUCUCUGCCCCGCUCGAAUCUACAUGUCUUUCGCCCACAAAUGGCUCUCAGAAUCAAGAUCAGCCAACUACUACUUCCGCCCCUCUUCCUGCUCCUCCACCAUCAACGGUCACUACUUUGGCUGAUCCCACAAUACGACACCCACAUAUUGAGCCUGCAGAUACGAGUCUUGCUACGUCUUCUCGUAUUCGCACCCGAUCUCAAGGUGGUUAUCUUUGCACCGAUUUGGACAUCUACAUCUCGCACGAGCCAUGUCUCUGUUGCUCAAUGGGUUUGCUCCUUUCUCGCUUCCGGGCGGUUAUUUUCCCACGGUCCGGCAGGAUGAAGAGUGGUGGAUUAGCCUCUGAGCCUGUUGUUUUCCCCGUUGCAGAUGAUGAAGGUAAAGAAUCCAGCGAUGCUGCUGAGGCUGGGAAUGACCGAUUAUACUAUGGAUUGAAUUGGAGAAAGGAGCUGAACUGGCGGGCGUUGGGGUUCGAGUUUGUUGAGGAUGAUGAGCAGCAUACUGUGAAUUCGAGCGAGGAUGAGGUUGACUUUCAUGCUUAA